CUCUCAGGUGCGACGCAAGCGGUCGUAGGGUGCGGUUGGACACUGUGCUGAAACAUGGCGGUGUGAUUUCCCUGCUACAGAUACCAGUUCAUCUCCCUGUCUCCCAGUUCACAAGGCAAAGCCGGGAAAAAUUAAAGAAUCGCCAACAUGAUGAACUCUGAGUUUGUUCUAGAACUUAUAAGCGUCUUUCACACGGGACCGGUGGAGCCUGGGUCGUGCGUGCAGAAGCUAGUGGGUAACGUGCCCACCGGCGUCAUUCUUAAGGAUGUGUCUCUCGAGGUGCAUGGGGGAGAGCUCAUGGCCGUGCUCGGAUCGAAGGGAAGCGGCAAACGCGCCCUCCUGGAGGUGAUCUCCCGGCGCGCCCAGGGCCCCACCCGCGGUCAGAUCCUGCUCAACCACGUGCCCAUGUCCCUGAGACUCUUCCAGGACUCCUGCGGCUACGUGACUCACAAGACGCAGCUGCUGGAGGGACUCACCGCCAAGCAGACGCUCGAGUACGCCGCCAGGCUGUCUCUCAGUUCCAAGAUCGGGAGCACCAUGCGGGCGAAUCGCGUGCGUCAAGUCCUGGCCGACCUCGCGCUGUCCCAAGUGGCGAAUCGCUCGGUCGACCUGCUCACCCCGUCGGAAUACAGGAGGCUGGUCAUCGGCGUCCAGCUCAUCAAGGAUCCACUCGUGCUCCUGCUGGACGAACCGGCGUGGGGCCUCGAUCCGCUCAACACCUACUUCGUCAUCUCGAUCCUGAGCAACCACGCCAAGAAAUACAACCGCAUUAUUCUCGUCACGAUGGAGAAGCCAAGGUAUCUGCCCGACGAGCAACUGCAAUGCACACCCACGCCCACCAGACACACUCAACACCUUAACUUAAGAACAUAUGCCUCCGAGACCGAGCCUCGUCCCCACUCGUCAUACCUCCACGCGCUUUAUCGAUCAGACAUACGUUCCGGAGCUUGGUUCCUUGCCUCUGACGUCGUUAUACUGUGUCUAUCGACGGUUGACCGGCGCUCACGAGAACGCUUCAUCGAUUCUAACAACCAGAUCGCGGCUUUGGUCGAGAAGUUCAAACUGGAGGGCGGUCCUUAUCGCAAAUAUUCCGGUCCGCCGCCGGAUAUGGAUCACUCGGAGCACAAAGUCCCCUUGUCGGCUUACGGAAGACCGAGUGUGAUUUCUGCCAUGGCAGCUAUAUUCGGACGGGCGUUUACCAUGAUGUCUCCCUGUAGCUAUAUGGGCAUCCAGCAGCUGUUUUUCAGACUGCUUAUGUUGCCUGCGUUCUUCUUCCUUUUGUGGAACUUUUAUUGGGAAAUUGAGGACUACCAGCGCUCCUUCCAGAGUAGAGGCGGCCUUAUCUUCAACUGCGUAGCUGGAACUGCCUACCUUGCUACAGCUGCUACCUCAAAAACAUUCGCUCAGCACCGCACACGGUAUUACCACGAGGCUCGAGAAGGCCUGUACAGGGGGCCGCUCUUCAUAACCACCUACAACCUGUUCUCCUUACCUGUGUCCUACAUCAACGUUAUGGCUGCCUCUGCUAUCGCUUUCUUUGGCCUCGGACUCGGGGAUACAGCAGUCCAGGGUCCGGACUGGAUGGGCUGGUUGAUCUUCGGGUCGGUGUUAUGGGCGGUUUGGGCAUUCGUGGAGCAGCAAACCGUCGCCCUUAUGAUGGUCGUCAAAUCCUCAUAUAGUGCUGCCGCUGCCUCCAUAGCGCUCACGACUUUCUAUCUCCUUGUGGCUUCGGCGACGCUCCGUUCGCUCGUGGGAUUACCCGACUGGCUGUACUACCUCAGCCACGUGAUCGUGUACCGCUACGUCGCCGCCGUUCUGCACGAACAGACCUUCCUCGACAAGCUGCCCAACCUCCCCGUCAACGCCACUGCAGUCUGUCCCGAUAACAACGCCGAGUACGGAUGCCGAUACCGCAACGGAACCUACUACUUGCUCGAGCGCUACCACUUCCCGCAGAACGGCCUGGACCUCGGCCGCCAGGACCUCGAUCUGUGGUCCAACUUCGGCCUCUCCUUCGCCUUCUUCGGGGGGAUGUUGACGCUCAACCUCAUCCUGUACCUGGUGCCGCUCCCUGCAUUCAUUAAGUCCAAAUUUAGGGACUGAUUUGUUAUUUACUUUUCCUAUUUUGGCAUUCAUUUUUUUCCUGGAGAACAUGUGGCAAGAUUAUCCAUAGCAGGAAUGGUUGUAGUUACAAAUGCGUCCCUGACUUAAUCUUAUGGAGCGCUCAUAAGAUCACCCGUACUUAUAUGAUAAUGCAGCAACGUUAUUUAUAUAAGUACAUACUCAUUAUCAGUAAGCUCAGUAGGGGCUGCUUAUAAGCUCAUCUAAAAGUGACUUGCCCUAUAUGAAUAAAAUAAUAUACAGCGUCAUCUAUAUAGUUUGAGGAAGGGAAUGUGGAAGUUCUCUUUUUGCCUUGAUAUUUCCGAUUUAUACAAAGACAUUCGAUGCUCUGGCUUCGUACUCCCUCCUUAAAGCAUUUAGUCGAAGAGAAUCUGAAAAGUUAAGGCAAAAGUUAACCCUCAGACUAAGAGCUCAAGUCAGUGUGACAGACCUAUUUCGUGUCGUGAUUUAUGACCGUCUUUGUCUACAGUAUUAGCUACGGAUAUAUCGGCACUGGAUUUAUUUAUUGUUGUGAACAUUUCCAUAUUUAUGACUUGACUGUUUCAGCACCGUUCAUCUUCAUCCGCGGGGAAUUGUGUGAUAGUGUAAUUUAAGUUCUCGGCUUUAAUCACAAUAAAAUGUUUUAGUAUU